CCGAAGCACUUCUGUUCAGCAGCAAUAUUUGAUCUAUAACUAUUGACAAAGCUCUUGGAAGUAUUUGUAUCGGUUGACAGCCGCCUUUGGCAGCGAGGACUUCUAUUGGCCAGGUAUUUUUGUUCAUUUAAUGCAGUCCAAGUUAUAUACACAGUAUAUAAACGGGUACAAAAAGAGGCAAUGCUCUAGGAAAAACGGUAUAUGGACACACACAGGAGAAUGGUUAAAGGGUAGCUAGGCAAACUAUCGACCGACUCUACCUGUCAAGUACACCGUUAAUUACCGACUAAACGAGAGUGAAAAUAAUGAACAACUGUGAAAACGAAAUAUUAUUCAUUAGACAAACAAAGAUGGACUUGAUAUUUUAAAGGGAAUUGUGAAAUGUAUUUUAUUGGAUUAUGUUUCAAAAAGACGGCGUGAACUGGUCAAAUGAUAUUAAAAGAAAAAGAGGAAAGCUUCAUGAGCUCCAAAGAAGCGCGUGGGACAAACCGGACAGCUCUGUCACCUGUGGGGCGGCCCGUGUCGUCUGCCACCGGGCGGCUGUCGUCUGCCGGGAGGCGGAGUGAGGUGAACAUUUCCGUGGCCUCUGUCACUGAUGAGGAGCUCUCGUUCUCCGACUCGGACGAUGAGGGGGUCACUCCAUGUCAGAAUACAAACGACAAAUUUUGGAAUUCCUUCGGUGAAUCUCUGAAGAGAAUCAAUGAUGAUAGUGCAAAAUUCCUCAUCCGACCUAAACCGAACUUCAAAAGCAGUUUUAUAUUUCAAGGAGCUAUGACAGAGACCUGUGGAAAUACUCAAUAUGGGAGUAGUAGAGGAUACACCAAACUGAAAGAGACUCUGAACAGACUGACUGACGUAUCGGGGGCAGCCGCGAGGAUGUUCGUCAAUGCCGCCAAACCAAAGGAGGAUGCUACUUCAGAAGAAACACAAGAAAUUGAAGAAGAGAAACCGGAAACCGGCAUGAAAGAAAUAACAUCCGCGCUAGGUGGCGCUAAAAGAAGUUGGAAAUUAAUUAAACGAAAUGUGAAUGAGACUGCUUUGGAAAAGAAAACCGAAAAGACUAAGCUAAAUUGGGAUAUGUUGGCCCAUCACGCUAAGGGAUUAACAGACCUGGAACGUUCGAGGCAGGAUUUGUACCAGAGGUACGGCCUGCUGCCGAUGCUGCACAAAGACGGAAGUUAUGAAUGUCGAAACAUAAUGUGGAGUGAACGGGCAAUUCGCUUAAACAUGACAAACCCUAUACAGUACAAUGUUAUUACUUACGACAAGCGACGGGCCCAGAGCGCUAAACCUCGCAGCAAGAAACCAACACCUAAAGUUACCAUUCAGCGUCCCGCUUCCGAAAAACCGCGUUCUCUGUGCGCUACCUCAACGACCCCUAGCGGCAGAGUACCAUCAGCGGGCACGUCCAGUAGAACAAUUACAAGAACUGCCUCACACAGACAAAAUGAUAAUCUGUUAACUCCGGUGAAUACAUUAAGAAACAAUUUCUUUUCAUGACUUAAAGUGUUCAUUUAUUUUUUUUUCGUUUAAUAUUCGCUAAAAACUUGGAAAUUUGUCAUUUUGACUACGUUUGAAUUGUUUACAGUGUACGUGUAAAAUACUUUGAGAGUGCUGAAGGCUUAAUUGAAAAUACUAGUAUGUAAAAUUAUAUAUGGAUGUUAAGUCCUAUUUAUCAAAAUUUUACCAACCUGUACCCAAGCCCCAAACUGCAAUAACAAACGUUCUAAUGUUAUAUAUACAUGUACAAAUUUAUUAUUGAAUCGUUUCUUUAUUAUGUAUUCCAUAUAUUAAUGAAGUCUUUUCUAUUUAGUAAAUAUGUAUUUAAAUGGCA